CGAAACUUCGUCUCAAAAAAAAAAAAAAAAGUAGUAACUCAGUCUAUGCUGCUCAUUCCUGUAUUCCUGCAUUCCUUUUUGUAGCAUUUGAAUAAAGCUAAUCCCUGAAUUAUUAUAAGGUAGAAGAAGAUGACCCAAUACAUUUUUGUUAUUAAUGAAAGGGAUAUUUCCUAAGUAUUGUGUAGUGUUCUACUGUUUGGUACAUAUUCAGUGGAAUGGGAGUUAACCUCAUAGUCUGUGUACCAUUUGGAUGCACAUUUGAGAGGACAAUAUAUCAUUGGCACUAUGCAAUUUUAAAAACUGUGAUGAAAGUUGCCCUGGUAGGAAAGAAAAUUUUUACUCUCCCUAAAAAUGUUGGCUAGUUGUUUUUAUUCAUCUGACAAAUGGACUAAAUAAGGUAGACCAAUGUCACCAUAUUCUACAAAUUUAUGUAAAUAAACCAUGAGCUUAAUUUAUCCAAUUCCAAAGUUAUUUCUUCAGUAAAAUGAUGGUAUAUAGAUAGGGUAAUAAUGCAGUCCACUAGAAUAUCCCUUUGUACCUUGUAUUGCAGAAUAGAUAAGCAUUUCCCCAAUAACUCUUAAGAAUGAAUUUAUGGGCUGGGUGUGGUGGCUCACGCCUGUAACCCAAGCACUUUGGAGGUCAAAGCAGGAAGAUCACCUGAGGUCAGGAGUUCAAGACCAGCCUGACCAACAUGGUGAAACCCCGUCUUUAAAAAAAAAAAAUGAAUGAAUUUAUGUACUAUAAAAGAUAUGACAUAAGACAAUUAUUUUGGGACAUGAAGAAGAGCAACAUAGUAGUGUAUAUCAUUUCUUGGCUACAUCAUAUGGGCAAUAUACUUGAAGGAAUAUUUUCUGAAGAAGAAGAGUAAAGAUACAUUAUUUUUUAAAAGAUAUUAAUAUUGUCAGGAAGAGGAGGUGUUUGAGGAUUGGUACAAAAUUGCCAUGACUUUACAAAAUAAUUUUAAAUAGUAUAGAUUUCCCUAAUAUGUGUAAUGUAAAACAGUAGAAAUAUUGAGUGGCGGAAAUUAUAGAAAUGAACAGAAGAAUGAUAAAAUUGUUUCCACAUAUAGCUAAUAAAGAAAAAUGGUUUUUUGAAAUCAGCAUAGUACGAACUCUCUGACAGCAAGACCUGUAUCUUAUUCAUUAUUUUGUUGCCAGUGACAAGGGCAGUACUUAGCUCUUGCUAGUUCAAGGUAUGUUUGCAGAAUGGUGAGAGAAUGUAUGCAGAUUUGUGUAAAAACUCUAUGCGAUAAUUCUAACAAUUUGGAAAAAGUAGAAAGAUACCCUAAAGAGGGUGUUAUAAUUUGUUAUUAAAUGUAUGAAGGUAAAAGCUUUGCUUGUUAAGUUAGGCACACAAACACAAUUACUGCACUGGUUAAACUGAAGCAGCAGAGGCUGUAGUUUCCUAGUGCUGACUCUGGGCGCCGCUGUUGGCCAAAGUGGAGAGCCUGGCGCUCCAGAUCUCCUCGCGCAGCCGCAGCGCACUUUCCGGGGCAGCCCCAGCUCAGACUCACCAGCACCAGCCUUUACACCACUUCCUCCUCGGAAAAAGAAGAAUCUUUUCCUGAACUGGAACUGGAACUAAAGGCCUUUCGGAGAUCCGAAAAUCUGCAAUACAGAGGUUAUUUGUAACCCGGCGUCUCCAGGCUGGUGAGCAAGCUGAGGAGAGCAAGAGGGAUGGGGAGCUGCGCCGGGGAGCGAGGCCGGGCUGAGAGGCGACCUGGGCUCUUUCUCUUCCUGCUGCCUUUGUUCUGCCCGGCUCUCGGUGAGCAGAUUCGCUACAGGAUUCCCGAGGAAAUGCCCACGGGCUCCGUAGUGGGGAACCUCGCCAAGGACCUGGGGUUCAGCGUCCAGGAGUUACCGACUCGAAAACUGCGCGUCAGUUCGGAGAAGCCUUACUUCACGGUGAGCGCAGAGAGCGGGGACUUGCUUGUGAGCAGCAGGCUAGACAGGGAGGAGAUCUGCGGGAAGAAUCCAACUUGUGCUCUGGAAUUUGAGGCUGUUGCUGAAAAUCCACUGAACUUUUAUCACGUGCAUGUGGAGAUCGAGGACAUUAAUGACCACACGCCAAAAUUCACGCAAAAUUCCUUUGAGCUGCAAAUAAGCGAGUCUGCACAGCCUGGCACACGAUUUAUAUUAGAAGUAGCAGAAGAUGCAGAUAUUGGCUUAAACUCUCUACAGAAGUAUAAACUCUCUCUUAACCCAAGUUUCUCAUUAAUAAUUAAGGAGAAACAAGAUGGUAGUAAAUAUCCGGAACUGGCAUUGGAGAAAACCUUAGACCGGGAACAACAGAGUUACCAUCGUUUAGUCCUGACUGCCCUGGACGGUGGAGAUCCACCCCUAAGCGGCACCACUGAGCUCCGGAUCCAGGUAACUGACGCCAAUGAUAAUCCCCCUGUAUUCAAUCAGGACGUGUACAGAGUCAGCCUUCCGGAAAACGUGCCACCAGGCACCACUGUGCUGCAAGUGUCAGCCACCGACCAAGACGAGGGCGUCAACUCAGAAAUUACUUAUUCCUUCUACAGAACCGGGCAAAUCUUUGGUCUGAAUUCAAAGAGCGGGGAAAUUACAACUCAAAAGAAACUGGAUUUUGAAGAAAUCAAGGAAUAUUCUAUGGUGGUAGAAGCAAGGGAUGGAGGAGGACUGGUUGCACAAUGUACAGUUGAAGUUAACAUUCAAGAUGAAAAUGACAAUAGCCCAGAAGUUACAUUCCAUUCUCUACUUGAAAUGAUUCUGGAAAAUGCGGUGCCUGGAACACUAAUUGCUUUGAUCAAAAUAUAUGACCGAGAUUCUGAGGAAAAUGGGGAGGUUAAUUGUCGAUUAGAAGGUGAAAUCCCUUUUAAGAUUAUCUCUUCGUCCAAAAAUUCAUAUAAGUUGGUAACAGAUGGAACCCUAGACCGAGAGCAGACCCCGGAGUACAAUGUCACCAUCACAGCCAUUGACAGGGGCAAACCGCCCCUCUCCUCCAGCAUAAGUGUCAUCCUACAUAUCAGCGACGUCAACGAUAACGCUCCAGUUUUCCACCAGGCUUCCUAUUUGGUCAGCGUAGCGGAGAACAAUCCUCCUGGAGCCUCCAUCGCGCAAGUCAGUGCCUCUGACCCGGACUUGGGGUUGAAUGGCCAAGUCUUCUACUCCAUCGUGGCCAGCGACCUAGAGCCUCUGGCCCUGGCCUCUUAUGUGUCCGUGAGCGCGCAGAGCGGGGUGGUGUUCGCUCAACGUGCCUUUGACUACGAGCUGCUGCGCGCCUUCGAGCUCACGCUGCAGGCCCGCGACCACGGCUCGCCUGCACUCAGCACUAACGUGAGCCUGCGCGUGUUGGUGAGCGACCGCAACGACAACGCCCCGUGGGUGCUGUACCCCGCGCUGGGGCCCGACGGCUCUGCGCUCUUUGAUAUGGUGCCGCGCGCUGCAGAACCUGGCUACAUGGUGACCAAGGUGGUGGCCGUGGACGCAGACUCAGGACACAACGCCUGGCUGUCCUACCACGUGCUGCAGGCCAGCGAGCCC